UUCGGAGGCGGGGCCUGGAGGGCGGGGCCAGGGGUCCGGAAGAGCCGGCGCUGGAAUCGGAACGGAGGUGGCUGCUGUGGCGCCGGCUCCCCCGGGAGUGGGUGUCUGACCCCGACCGCAGGCGGCGGUGAGGGGAGCGCCUCCGGGUCAAGCUAUGGUGGAAGAUGUUUCGGAAAGGCAAAAAGCGCCACAGUAGCAGCAGUUCCCAGAGCAGUGAAAUCAGUACCAAGAGCAAGUCGGUGGACUCCAGCCUUGGGGGGCUCUCCCGGUCCAGCACUGUGGCAAGCCUCGAUACAGAUUCUACCAAGAGCUCAGGACAAAGCAACAAUAAUUCAGAUACCUGUGCAGAAUUUCGAAUAAAAUAUGUUGGUGCCAUCGAGAAGCUGAAACUCUCGGAGGGAAAAAGUCUCGAAGGGCCACUCGACCUGAUAAAUUAUAUAGAUGUUGCCCAGCAAGAUGGAAAGUUGCCUUUCGUUCCUCUGGAGGAAGAAUUUAUCAUGGGAGUUUCCAAGUAUGGGAUAAAAGUAUCCACAUCGGAUCAGUAUGACGUUUUGCACAGGCACGCGCUGUAUUUAAUUAUCCAGAUGGUGUGCUAUGACGACGGCCUGGGGGCGGGGAAAAGCUUACUGGCUCUGAAGACCACAGAUGCCAGCCACGAAGAAUACAGCCUGUGGGUUUACCAGUGCAGCAGCCUGGAACAGGCACAAGCCAUCUGCAAAGUUUUAGCCACCGCUUUUGACUCUGUGCUGACAUCUGAGAAACCCUGACUUCUGCAACCCAGGGACGUCACCGUCACACGCAAGUUCCGCUUUUUCUCAGCAGUUGUUUGCCGUCUUGAGCGCUGCCCUUUUACAGAAAUUCCCAUGAUCCCCUGCUCUAGACUGAAGGAAAUGCGAUGUGUAAAAUCUCAGCCGUUUGUCUAUUAAAACGUGUCUUACAACAGUGAGUUAACGCUCGACGAAGUGCCCUGUCUCCUGGGACUGAAAAAAGAAACGUCGCCUGUUGCUUUUAAACACAGAUGAGCUUAAUAAGCUUUGUGCGGCACAGAAGUGCACCCAGCGAGUGAGGCGUGGAGGACCUGCGAGGACGGGGCCGUCUGUGCUGCAGCGCUGGCCCGUGGUGCGCUCUGGCCGGGGGACCCGGUCAUGCUGGUCUGAAACAGUGACACCGCCAACUCAAGACACAGCCAGCCUUUGAAAGCGUGUUGUCGUGGAGGUCCUGCCGUACUGUGCACAGCGGGUUAAGGCUCCUACUGCUGCAGCUCGGGUUGCUGCGGAGGUGUGGGUUCGAUCCCUGACCUGGCACAGUGGGUUAAGGAUCAGCAUUACCGCAGCUGGACACAGGUCGUAGCUCUGGCUCUGAUUUGAUCCCUGGCCCAGGAACUCCCAUGUGCUGCGGGUGCAGCCAAAAAAAGUAUGUUGUCAUGGAGUUCCCAUCAUGGUGCCUCAGAAACGAAUCCGACUGGUAUCCAUGAGGAUGCAGGUUCAAUCCCUGGCCGCACUCAGUGGGUCGGGAUCUGGCAGUGGCUGUGGUGUAGGCUGGCAGCUGCAGCUCUGAUUCGACCCCUAGCCUGGGAACCUCCAUAUGCUGUGGGUGUGGCCCUUUAAAAAAAAAAAAAAAAAAAAGGCAAAAAAAGCAUGUUGUCAGGAUAACAUGCUAGUAAACCACAAUAAUUAUCUCAGGAAUUAAGAAAACUUUAACAGAUUAUUGCUCAUGUUAAAAGGCAUACUAUUUAAAGACUCCUGUAUAGUAGGCUGGUAUGUGUUUUCAAAGGCCUGUUUUUUUAUAUACAACGCUUUGCUAAAGAUUAAAAACACUACAACCACCAUGUCCAUUUAAAAGUAUUUUAUUUUUUUUCCAGUCAAAUGACUAGUUAACAAUUAGAGUAAACUUAUUACACAUGCUCUAGUUAUAGGUCACUGCAUCAGGACGAUGAAAAUAAGAACUGAUUUAGGUUAUACAAUAUGUACAGCUGCGCUGCAACGAGACCAAGGUCAUCGAGCGAGUGAACCGAAUCUCAUACAUCCCAGACAGCACAUUCCAAGCUGCACAGGUUACCCACCCCUUCCCAGAUCAGAGUAACGCUCAGUCCGUGGACACAUUUCUGAGUUGCCGCCCCUCAAAGUCGGAUCUGCUGGAGAAUGGCAGGCCAAAGGCCAGGAUCCUGCAGCUAAGUUCAUGAAACAUAAGCCUGAAAUAUUUUAUAAAUAGAUAUCUACAAUGUUUUCCUUUCUCUCAGUUGCUUUCUUUUCCUUUUUUUUUUUUUAGUUUGUAAAGAGCAAGUAACUAGGAAAGGAUACUGGCAGGGAAGUUAAUGUAGUUUCUCCUCUGGCAAAAGCAGUAUCAAUUACUGCACAGCAGCGCCACCCAAUUGGAGCCUGGAAAAAUAUUUCCUAGAUCUUUAUGUACCAGUGAACCUGAUAGAUUAGUGUGGGACUCGUGUUCAAGUGUUGACGCGAAUCCACUUGAACACAGUUUAUAGCUGGCCCCAAGCAGCCAAAGGCUGAUCAUGGGAGGAUUGUGUUAAAAUAGACACGGGAAGUGCACCGUGCAAAAUCCGUGAGAAUUAACUAAAGGAAGGGUUCAAGCCAGAAAUGAACAGGUAGUGAAAACAGAUGUAGUGCUUUUUAAAAAAAACUUUAAUUACAGAUCUACCGUCUUUUUACCCGGAACUCUGAAAGGCAAAAAACAAAACAAAAAAAAACCUCACAACUGCCAUACAAUAUCAUAAAACAUUCCAGUUUGUUCUGUCUUCCUUUAUAAUAACAAAAAAUAUAUACAAAAAAAAAAAAAAAGCUCUAAGCUUAAAAAAGGCUUGCA